AUGACAAGACCUCCUAACAUUGCGAUGUGCACGCUCCUGUUUGAAAUCAAACCCCCUCGUCAACUUCUUGCGAACCCCGCUGUUAGCUGUUACAAGCCCUAUCAAACUCUCUUCUCACUGCCCGAUGAUUACCUCCGCCAUCGUCAGGCCAGUUUGCAACCUGACAAUGGGUCGUCUGCCAGUACGGUUUCUGCCGCCAGCCCAUGUCAUGCUACGAGGUCCACGUCUCGUGAUGAACUCAUAGCUAGCAAACACACUGUAUGUUUCCCACCGUUUUCGGCGACACUCGAUACCACCGACUUCACUUUCCCAGCCCUUCCUCCUCACCCAAUUGCCCCCUCGGGGAAUAUCACAGGUCCCGUUAAGACCUCCCCAGUCGCGCUGAAAGACACUGGCUCGAAUCCCGUCGACUUAUCAGCUCGUCACCAGAGCUCAGUCACAGGUUGUGCUGGCGACGUCAAUGUCACCGUCCUAACCUACGCCUCGAGCGACCUGCGCCAAGCCACGUAG